AAAGAAGCUUUUAUGGGCAGAUAGUUUGUCAGCGCAGCUCAAAACGCAAACAAGGUGGCAGCCGAGCCCCCAUCCAUCCUGCUGCACGCCCCUGCAUGUCCAGCCCCAAGCCCUGCGUGCAGCUAGCACACCUCCCUGGGAGGAGACCGCUCCAGCCUGCAAGGAAGUGCUCAUUAUGGAGAGUGGAGAGUGACAGGCCACUCCCGGCCACGUCUCCAAGCAAGCUGAUGCCCCCUCCUCCUGCUGCCGCCGCCCACUGAACCGCCUGGGCUGCAGACGCCCUUGUUGGAGCCUCUGGGGCCAGAUGUUAUAGGGCAAGCUCGAAAUAACCGGGCAGGCCAGCCACCAUCGAGGAAGGGGCAUGUGCUGGAUGCAGACACACGAUCCCAGGGACCCUGCUGGGUGGAACUAAGAAAGCCCAGCAGACCGUGCACGAUCCUGUCCCCACUCACAGGCCCACGCAGCUAGAGGGGCCCCUCUUCUGUGUGCGUCUGGAAGGUCGCUGCCCAGGGAGGAAAUGCCUUUAACCAGCGUGGGGCCGGGCAGCCACAGGAGGCAGAUCAUCCAGGCUCUGUGCCUCUUGCUGCUACUUCUCCACGCCAGCUCUGCCAAGAACAUCUGGAAACGGGCAUUGCCUGCGAGGCUGGCCGAGAAAUCCCGUGCCGAGGAAGCGGGCGCGCCCGGCGGCUCCCGGCAGCCCCGAGCGGACCGUUGCCCGCCGCCCCCACGGACGCUGCCCCCCGGCGCUUGCCAGGCCGCGCGCUGCCAGGCGGACUCCCAGUGUCCGCGGCACCGGCGCUGCUGCUACAAUGGAUGCGCCUACGCCUGCCUGGAAGCCGUGCCGCCCCCACCAGUCCUAGACUGGCUGGUGCAGCCGAAACCUCGAUGGCUUGGUGGCAAUGGCUGGCUCCUGGAUGGCCCUGAAGAGGUUUUGCAAGCAGAGGCAUGCAGCACCACGGAGGACGGGGCGGAACCCCUGCUCUGUCCCUCGGGCUAUGAGUGCCACAUCCUCAGCCCAGGUGACAUGGCCGAGGGCAUCCCCAACCGUGGGCAGUGCGUCAAGCAGCGCCGGCCAGCAGCAGAGAAGACAGCACUGAUCACAGGAUGGAGAAGUGAGCUAAAUUGGGAGAGAUUGCCUGUUAAGACAUCCACAUGUGCUGGCCACAUUCUCACCGACAAAUGCUUUCCUGCUACCAUGGACAGAGGUGGAGGUCAGUGAUGGACGGCAGUGGGAGUUACGAAGUGGGGAUUCACAGCUCGUUGUGCUUGAAUUUGCCAGCAUUUGACCACUGUCUACACACAAAGAUUGCAUUUUCAUAUGGUUCCUCCUAAUACUACACACGUGUUUUAAAUGAAAUAGUUUCUUUUAAUCCUCACAAUAACUUUAAGAGGUACUAAUUUUAUGCCUAUUUUCAGGUGAGGAAACUGAGGCUCAAAGACAAUGAGUGAGGAUUCAUACUCAGGUUACUUUGUCAUUUGCAGUAAUGAAAUCUGAGUCUCUCUUGGGCAGACUUCAAAAGAGCGCCAUCUCUUCCCCAUGUGAACGUAUUCUGUAAUGACAUUUACUCAACAGUGAGUUGAAAUUUGGCUUCCAGUUCAUCUGUUAAGACAGUGGUUCUA